GUGAUCAGGUCCUGCCCGGCCUGGGACUUUUUGUCUUGAGGUGGGGAGGAGAGAAAUGGGAAGAGGUGGAGUAGCGGUUUUAGCCCGCUCUGCGGCUGGGAGGUCUAGAUCCGAGAUUAGCCUCUCCCGUGAUCGGGGAAGCCCUGCCGCAGCAGAAAGUUGUUCCACCUGCGCCAAGAAUGCGCGCUGGAGACGGCUGUCCCGGAGGCCCUGGCCCGAGAGGAGACCAGUCCCCGCUGCCCGCGCCUCCCGGUAGCGCGCUCCCUGCGCCUCUCCCGCCGGACACUCAGCAGACGCCGGAGGCCAUGAGGCUAAGACUGGGCGCGUCGCAGGCAGGGACUGCUGUGCCGACCGAGGAGAGGGCUCUGCCGCCCCCACUUGCCCCGGGUUGUCGAGAGCCCACUCCAGACGCGGCGCUUCUGAGGCUCAAUUCAAGCCAUCCAGGCCUGAAUCCAGGAUGCUCUAAGUCGGUGUCCAACCCAGGGGCCUGUAAAUGUUGGAACCUAGGAUUUAGGAUGGGAGCGGUGAAGGGAUGGUCCUCUUGCCCAGCCCAGAUUAACAUUGGGGUUCAUCUGGAGGACUCUACUUACACCCUCCCCGUCCCCUCGCCCUCCCACACACACAGCUGCCUCUCCCCAGGAUAUGCACGGCACAGUGAAUUUAGUGGCUUUGAAAGGUAUAGUAUUUGUGGCAUCCUUAUAUGGAUAAUGCCCGAUGAUGCCUGCACCCUCUAACAGUUUAGGAAGGCCGGAAGUCGCACACUGGGUCCUGGCUGCUGUAACUGGAGACCCCCAGAAAAUCCCCUGCAAGCGGCCACCAGCCCGCUGUCGAGCCAAAAAUAAAAGCUCAGCACAAAGAGAGAUGAAUAAACUCACAUUCAGAAGAGUUAAGAAACUUGCUCAAAUUCAUAAAAUCAAGAGGAGAGGCAGAGCUGUAAUUAAAACCAAGCCUUUGACAAAUCAAGGAAACUUUUCAUGUCAUCACUGCUACCUCAUUUGUGGCUACAAAAUCUCAGUCAAGAUCUAGGGUUGAUGCAAAUGGGAGUCACUUCCAGUAUCCACAACACUUCUCUUGUGUCUUCUUGGAAGCUAAGACUUCAUCCCUUGAGUUUCACUGCUGCCUUACUUGAGAGCAAUGCCUCAAUGCCUACAUUGCAUCUUACUUGUGAGCCUCAUUUAUUCCAUGCUACAAGAUCCAUGCAAGAUUCCAGGAUCACCAAGAUCACUCCAGGAAAUGAAGAGAUCAAGAGAGCUGCCAUAGACAAGUCUCUGCCUCUCUGCUUCAGCUUCUAGUUCCCUCAUAAUAUAGGACAAUUUCUUGUACAAAAUGGAUGCUCCAUAAAUAUUUGUUGAAUGAACUUUUCUAGUUGGUGAUGUGAUGGCAACCUUAAAACCUCAUGCCAUUCUUCCUCAUCAUUCUCUGGGUUAAAGAAAGGCUUCAACUUUUCCAGCAACUGACAGAGCCCUGGUGUGUGAUAUUGCCUCAUUGUGCCUCAGUUGUCCCAUCACUCCCACUCAGGAGAGGAUAUGAAUGAAUGGGUCUUAGUUUUAAAGAGCUGAAGGUGGAAUUCAGUUGCCUGAUUGCUAGCAUAGAUAGUACCUCUAUGUAUGUGCCAUUUCCUUUUUUUGAUUGUUUAGUUAGUUUAUUUGUGUAGCCAAUUUUGAUUAAAAACCAAACACUGUGCUGGAAGCUGAGGCUUCACUGGUGUAGGGAUGCCAUUUCUGCCCCCUAAGAAUCACAAGGGCUAGAGCAUAACAGGAGGUCCUUACAGCAACAACUAUCAUGAACUAAGCCUUUGCUUAGUGCAGGUACUGUGCUAAGUUAGUAGUGUUCUUCCCAUUUUGGAAUUUUGUAGUUACAAAAAUAUAAUGCAGGCUUAAGAAAGAACAGUUUAAAAUGACAUAAAUAAACCUUUGUUUUAGG